UGUUGCAGAGAGAUUUUAUUUUGUAUUUCAGAAGUCCAUUAUGCAGUUGAUUGUUCGCUCGCAAGCUACCCACGUCCUAGACGUGAGCCCCGACGCUAAUGUCGAGGUUCUGAGGUCCCAGCUGGCCCUCCUCGAGGGAGUUGAGCCAGAGAUGCUCAACCUCUUCUGCUGCGGUUCCCCCCUGGAGAAUGAGAUGAGCCUCAGCGCUCUUGAGAACCAGGCUGUUGACCUCACCAUCCCCCUGAGAGGAGGAAAGGUUCACGGAUCCUUGGCUCGUGCUGGUAAAGUUAGGGGACAGACUCCCAAGGUUGAGGCCGGAGAGAAGAAGAAGAAGAAGACUGGCCGUGCCAAGAGGAGGAUCCAGUACAAUAGAAGGUUCGUGAACGUUGUCGAGACCUUUGGACGUAAGAAGGGACCUAACUCCAACUCCUAAACUUGUAUUGUGUCGACCCAUCUUUAAAUCAUUUAUCUCGACCUCAUGAGGUCAAGAUAAGUGUCUGCCAACCUUGACCCCAUCUCUUGGUUUCAGAAA